AUGGAGAAUCGCAAGACUUCCGCAGCCCUACUAACCCAAAACAAAGAGAUGCAACCUGUGUCUGUGGGAGAAGUACCAGAUAAUCACGGCCAAGAAAGCAGCAAUGAUAAACUCAAGAACAGAACUCAUUUCAACUUUCGGGUCCAUUCAUCCUCGAACGAAUACCUGCAUGAUAAAGACCGGGGACCACUCCCCGACGUCCCGUCGGGAUACGCAGGUUACAUUGCAGGUGACAAGUCAUUGUACACGGAACCCUACCUCAAACCAGACCGCAACACUCAUAACUACGAGGACUAUGAUACCCCACGAUCCAUACAAUGUAGCGCCCCUUAUUUGCCUCACCACUCCUGGGUCAACGUUGCUGAACGUAAUUAUGAUUUUGGCUCAAGAGUGACCGUCACAUGCAAUACCACUAAUGAGGCAUUCAAUUUGCAAUGUCACAACAAGGGAUUGUGGAGCGGACCUGUCGUGGUUUGUCCCGAACCAGCCGCUCCUGUGUCCGCUCCUACUGGUUGCAAUGCUCCGGCGCUGCCCCCUUUCUCAUCUGUCCACAACCUUGCUCUGUCGUACAAAAAUGGUGACAACAUCAACGUUACGUGUAAUGAGGAUACCGAUUGGUUCAAUUUGACAUGUAGGAAUGGGACCUGGAUGGGGCAAAACAUUGUUUGCAGUGCCCCUGUCGUCGAAUGCAAUCCACCUAUACUACCGAGUGCCUCAUCCAUUCGAGCUGUCAAAUCUCGGUACAAGGUUGGCGAUCAAGUCAAUAUCACAUGUAACGAUGACCCUGAUUGGUUUGUGUGGGAAUGCAGUAAUGAUGGCAUGUGGCGUGGGGAGCCCAUAAUGUGCUCACCAAUCCGCCCAGCACCUAAUGAUGAAAACCCUGGAGCUCCAGCACCCAUAAUAAACCAAGUCAACGGAACUAGCAAACGAGAAUUCUUUAUCACUGGCCUCCUUGUAACAGCCGUCAUUUUGUUUAUCGUUGUUCUAAUGAGCUUGGCGAUGUUCUUCAUUUUUGUGAGAAAUCGUGGUUAUGGCUUGGUAUCAUCAUCAAAAGAAGAGAUCAAUGGGAAAGGAGAAAGAGGACCGCUACCUGAAGUUCCUGAAGGAUAUGCAAACUAUGUUGCUGGUGAACAAUCCCUCUACGUUGAACCUUACCUCAAGCAAAACGGAGAUCCAAGCCCCAGCUACGAGGUCUACGAAAAACCAGUCUGAAUUAAUUGCGUGAACUGAAACCACCUCUUUGUAGAGAGAAACUGAAGUGAUUUCGAUUUGUGUAUACAAUUGAAGCAUCUCCAGAUCUUCUCACUACAUUGUGUUGAUAAUAUUUAUAUUUUGCUUAGCUUUUAAUUACUGUUUAAUAUCCGGAAGCUUUGGAUUUGUGAGAAGGGAUGUUUUUGUGUAUCCAUGUCAUUGUGCAACCUAGGUCUAUAUAUUUUUCCGAAAAGUGAAGUAUGCGUUCCUUUGUGGAAAAGGUAAGACUUAUGGCAAUUUCAUAGUGAAAGUUAUUUAUUAAACCAUAAUCCCCCCCUUAAUAAAUUGCUUUAUUGUUCGUUUCCUAAUUAUUACGUCCAGGAAAUAUCUCCUACAUGUAUAACUAAUAUAUAUCAUAAAACAUAUAAAGUUGAUGCACCAUAGUGUAUAUGAGUAAGUGUGUGUGGAUGUACGGAACUUAUAUGAUUGUAGAGUGAAAAACGUUUAAACUUAGUUUCCCAAAUUAAUUAUUCAUAACAAAACUUACAUUGUAUUUAAUCUGUAACACGGUUAUAAAUCUCUAUUGUGCAUGUUGUAGGAAGAUACGCCACAAUUUUUUUUUUAACAUUACACUGCAAAAAACUCAGGUGUUGAUUUAACACCAGCCCGGACUCUAUAUAUGUCCACACCAGAGAAGUAUUGAAACAACACCAGUUUGGAAUCAAACUCAUGCUGUUUUAAUAAUAAUCGGUGUUGUAUAAACACCUAUAUGGUGUUAGACCAAAACCAAACUGGUGUAGUUUAACACUUCUCUGGUGUGGACAUACAUAGAUUCCGAGCUAGUGUUAAAUCAAUACCGGUGUUUUUGCAGUGUACGGUUAGCCUAGUUGUAGACCUCCUCUAUGCUUUGAAAUACAUAAUUUAGCAGAAGGCAAUGUCACCGUACGAUUACCACCAAUGGUUCUUUUCGUAUUUAACUGUAUGUCUCUGUAUUGUAUAUGAAAUAAGAUUCAAAUAAGUUAUGUGUAUAUUCAAGAAUAAACGCAAAAACAUAUGUUAUAAAUAUGUGAUCAAUUUAACCGAUUGUAAUGUAAACAUGAAUGCUAAUCUCUGAAGAAAAAAAAACACACAAUAGCUAUUCAUCCUUUGGAAUAAAAUAAACACGUAUUCCACUGGUUGAUGGCCACAGUGAUAUGGGGACGAAAGGGGAAAAAGACCGAUUCAUAGGUAAUUUGGAGUGGGCAUUAGUUGAUGUUAUGUUUCUGACAAUUCGUAAUUUGUUUACAUUUCGAGGAUUUAGAGGCUUAAGCAAGUUCAGCAAUAUCAUGGCGUCUUGUGCUUUUAUCAAAUAAAACAAUACAUUCAGGCACAAAUAAGGGUGUGUGUGGAUACUGCAAAAUUAUGUCUUAUUAAUGAGAGAAGAUUAAACAAAAUAAUGAGGGCUGGCAAACGUAUUUUUAAAAAAUCGGUAUAGACUUGGCCAACGUUCAGCUUUUUCUUAAAUGUUCAGCUUGAGGGGGUUUAAUGUGAGAAGAAUUACGAAUAACCGAAUCCGAUACCGUUAUCAAUUUAUUUAAAAUUACAAUUGGCAAAUCUUUUUUGUUUCCAUGCGUUGUGAUUCAUGAUUUAUGCGUUUACAUUCGAUUUGUACAUGACACGAAUAAGGUUAAUUGCUGCCUUCUUUUUUGGACUCAUGAAUUCGCCCUACUUGGUAAAUUCGCGUUUCGUCCUCAAGCGAAAAUUGCUUGGUUUAGUUAUAGGUGUAUCCACACUGUCUACGCAUCCAUUGCAAACGCUAUUCCUGACGCAACAUAAUGAUUUCAAUCAAUUUAUAGAUAUAGAGGAGGGGUGCAUGCUUUUGUGAGGAAAACACGCUCUAGAAGAUGCAAUGAAGGACUUUCAUUUUUUUCGGUUGGGACUAUGUAAAUAUUUUGUUUUCACUCUCAUUAAUGUUCUUGUUUUGUUAUUGCUUCGGAAAUCGGAACUAAAAUGCAACUAAUAGUUAUACUAAUGCGAAGAAAAUGUAUUUACUGAACCUACAAUUAAGUACUUUAUAAUUAUGAAUGUUGGUGGACAUUAUGGGGAGUAAUGCCCCGUUUAACCUUGUCAUUCGAACAAAGAGUAAAAGAGUGAUUCCCCCAGUUUUUCCAAACCGUGUUUCUCAUCGAAUGAAAUAAAUGUUUAAACUAGUGAUUAUGGUAUCCACAAAUAAGCGAAGUUUAAGACAUUGAUUAAAAGAGAGUACUAUUGACAAAUACACGUCUGAUAGUGCAUUUUGUUCACC